AUGCUUAAGGAAAAGAGGAGGAAACCCAUCCACAAGUUCAACAUCCAGGGGCAAGGCAAAGCCAGGCUACCGGAAGGCAUGCUGUAUACAUUCCAGGGCUACCUCUACAAUCACAAGACACAAGACACAAGCCAGACAGGGCGAAGCCGCACAACGACACAGACAAUGUGUAACGGACUAUCUCGAAAACAUGUCACCCGGAAACUCUCACCAGACCUCGCUGCAGACUUGGAAUGGCCCCUGACAUUAGAGGAACUUGCCAGGGGCCAUGAAACUAUCGAAACCGCAUCAGGCCCCUGGACCUUCCCCUGA